GGUUGAUUCCCCGCUUCGCUUAGCUCGCCGCCGCCAUGUCCUCCUCUCCCCGACGUCGGCACAAGAGAGCGUGCGUGGAGGAGAUCCAUGGCGCCGAGGGCAGGACACAGCAGCGGCUGCCGGAACUCGACGCUCCUUCUGUAGACAAGGGAUUGAGGGUUUCGUCGGCUGAAACAAAGGCGCAAACCUGUGAAGAUGAUGAUAUUUGCCAAGGUGCCCCGAAUGCGAGACAGUACCUUGAGCUUGACAAACUUCCUGAGGAUAUGUUACAUCAUAUACAUUCCCUCCUCCCACUGCAAGAUGCUGCCCGUGCUGCCUGCGUGUCACGCGGAUUUCUUCGCUCAUGGAGAUGCUAUUCAAACCUCAUACUCAACUGGCAAACACUUCGGUCGACCGACGAUAAAUUCGAGGGACGUGAAACACGUUACAUCAAUAAAAUUGACAAAAUUCUUAAUAAUUAUUCUGAAAAUGGGAUGAAGGUGAAGAAACUUAGAAUUGAUCUUCUAUGGUGUAUAAGUUCGAUUGCCUCCUAUCUAGACCGGUGGCUUCAGAUUGCUAUCAAAUCUGGGAUCAAUGAACUAAGUUUUUCGCUUCCUACUUCCAUGAAGGAAAAGUACUGCUUCCCAUAUUCAGUUUUAUUUGAUGAGACAAAUACUAGUCCGAUUGAGUCCAUUUAUCUCUUCGACUGCAUUUUUCAUCCCAUAGAAACACUAGGUUGCUUUAAAAGGUUGAAAAGUUUAGAUCUUGUUUAUGUUCACAUUACUGAGGACGGAUUACAGCAGUUGCUCUCAAAAUCUUCCGGCUUGGAAAGGUUGCAAAUAUGCAGUGCGAUAAUUUGCUUGAAGAUACCUUUUACACUGCAGAAGCUAAAGUUCCUCGCGGUUACAAGGUGGUACGAGAUGCAGGCGAUAGAGAUUAGUGCUCCAAAUCUCUCUACUUUUCACUAUAUUGGGUCCCCAGUCGAGAUUAGUAUCAGAUAUCCUUCCCAACUUAAGGAUGUGUACUUGGCAUCUUUCGUUCCAUCAAGAAUUCUCUCUUAUGGUCGAGCCAACCUUCCAUUUAUCGCUCGCCAUGUCGAGAGGCUUACCCUGAUAUCCUGUGAAUGUCAACACUCCAAUGCUUCCUGACAAGCUCCUCCACCUCAAGAGCUUAGGGAUUAGACUUUACAGAUCAAGAGACUCCCCUAUCUAUGAUAUAUUUUCCGUGGUUUCUUUUCUUGAUGCUUCUCCAGCCUUGGAAUCUUUCAUCUUGCAUGUAGAGAGAGAUGAUAUAAUAAACGAUUGUGUUACUGGGGACGAUUUAUACGCAAGUGGGGAGUCGGCAUACCAGCAUGAUCGCCUCAAACGGGUGAAAAUCAUGGGCUUCCAUUCAGCGAAGAGGCUGAUUAAGCUUGUGAUCCACAUCCUCGGGAGUGCUCCUUCGCUCGAGUCUCUCACGCUGGACACAACUGGUGGUCGGAAGCCUGGUGAUGCUGGCAAAUGCACCGCCUCAGGAGAGAGUCACAAAUGCUGUUGUAUGAGUGAGAGAGAUGUCGAAUAUGCUGAUAGAGCUGUGGAGGCUGCGGGCAGGUACAUCUUUGGGAGAGUUCCCUCAGCUGUUCAAUUUGAGGUGCUGGAGCCCUGCAGGCGAUGCUAUGCUGGCAACCGGUAGAUGGAUGCUGGCGGGCUUUGUCUGGUCCAACUGGCUCAUCUAGUUAUUUGCAUGUCCAUAAAAUAAACCGCCAAGUGCCCAUCUAGUCUAUCUAUAGUUAAAUUAAAGGAAGAAGUUUGUUGCAGCCUCAUCUACUUUCUUGGCAAAUAUUGAUUCUGCAACAACUGCUGAAGCUUAUGCUAUGAGGGAGGGACUCAAACUUGCUAGUGAGAUGGGUUGUAAUAAUAUUGUGAUGGAGUCAGAUUCUUUGGAAACUGUCUGAGGCCUGUACUGGGGAGAAUACAUGGUGGAAUACAUCAUCAGCUAUAUAUGCUGACUGCGUCGACUAUGCUAUAAAUAUUGGAAAUGUCCACUAUCGUUUUUGCCAUAGAGAAGCAAAUGAAGUUGCUCAUGAGUUAGCUAGAGAGUGUUUUUUAAACAAAGUAAACUGACUGGGUUGGUGAACCCCCUAGUUUUAUUCUAGCUAAACUCAUUGAUGAUGUAAUGGUGAUUUGAUUGAAAGGCGGCAAGUUUCUUACACACUCUUUUCCUUACC